AUGGCGAGCGGCCGGAUACCAAGGAUAGGACUAUCAGGCUUGGAUGGUCUAUUGCAGAGUCUCCAGCUAUCGUGUUACUACCAUGCAUCGCGGCUGAUGCAUUAUCUCUUGGGCCUGAGGGAACGGCUUGGCCUAGGCCAUGCUGCAGACUUUGGCUAUUAUCAGGUUUCUGCUACGAUCGUCCUGCUCCUCGUAGGCGGUGGAAUCGUCUCAUGGAGGAUAAUGCGCCAUCCAUCUGGUGUACAGCGUGUCUAUAACGACGGGCGCGUGCAUACUCGGUCAGACCGGUUGUCAGAGACUAGCCAUCAGAGUACUACAGACAACAACAGUCUCUCGGGUACAGAUAACUCUAGAGAGAAGCUUAAGCGCGACGGGGAGCAUGAUGUGGACCCUGGCAUAUUAAAGAAGCACUCUUCUUACUGCUCCUAUACCACUUCUGUGGCUACAUAUCCAGAAGUCCGCACAUUCUAUUACCCACAUCCUCACACUGACAAGCUCCCCACGAAACCAAAGGUACUACCGCUACUGGUAUUCAUUCAUGGACUGGGUGGCUCCAUUUCCCAAUUUCACCAUCUGCUACACAGCCUGAUAACUAUUGGCCCAUGCUUCGGUAUCGACCUUCCUGGCUGCGGGUUGUCGUCAUUCGCCCCACGGGAUUGGUCUGCUUAUUCCAUCGAGGCCAUGGCCGAGCUUCUGGGCAGAGCGAUUGAACAGCGGAGGGAUGCGUCUCGUGACCAAGACGUUAUUCUCAUUGCCCAUAGCAUGGGUUGCUCAAUAGCGGCUCUACUUGCAUCCCCUGGAUCCGGGCCUAUAGCUGAAUUGAGGAAGCACAUCGUUGGGAUAGUUGCCAUCUGCCCUGUUGCUGAACCCCCUACCAAGGAUGUGGUUGCCUUUUCUAGAAGGAUGUUACAUAUACCUGGCUUUUUAUUUGAUAUAUGGCGCUGGUGGGACCGCAUGGGAGGAGUCGACAGCCAAAGCGUCCGCAGGCUGGUUGGGGAAGAUGCUGAUCCGCAAACCCGUGAGCUCCAGCACCGAUAUAACCAACAAAGCCGCACGCCGGUCUGGAGAAGGAUGGCAUGGGGCGCCCUUCCAAAGUAUAAUGAAUCUGGCCAGGCAAUCAGUGGGAUUCCUGGGAAGGAAGUAUGGGAGAAGAUCCAUAUCCCCCUUUUCUUCGUUGGGGGUGAAUCAGAUGCUAUCACAAAACCAAAGGAGGUCUUAAAGCUUCUACGUUAUUUCGUUAAGGAUGAGUCUAUUAACGAAAGCAGUCCUGAUUUACAGGGCAAUGACAUUGCCAUUGGAAUGCUACUUCAUAACUUUGUGCAGGUGCCUGAGCCUACAAGUGACCGACGUAUUCACUAUAAGGAUGCAUCCUGGCUAGCUGCUCCGGAUGGCACGCAAGUCAUAGACACCUACGUGUUUCCAUCUCCAGCGUCUCAUGCCCUGCUCUUUGACCGAACCACAUACAGGACGCUGUCAGGCCUUAUCCAAUCAUUUGUUGCCGGGAAUAUAGACCUUCGUCUGGCCCUUGGGUGGCAGCUACAGCACCUGACCACUUCUGGAAAAUGGGAUGUCAAAAAUCUCGUCAAAUGGCAGGCUGUAAAGCCGGUAUCCGACCCCAUCGGCCAUACCUUCGUUGCCAUGAAGACUUUGCGCGAGGUGGAUCCUCACCACUCUCCAAAGCCGUUCCUCGAGGAUUGGUGUGGCAAGAUAUAUGCUGUAAUUGAUAUCAGCCAUGAAAGCCCAGUGUAUGACUACUCGCAGCUAGAGCUGGGAGGGAUCAAAUAUAUCAAGCUCCCGACUGUCUCCAAGAUCCCACCGACGGCGGACGAGGUGAGAGAGUUCGUCAACACCGUCUCUCAACUGGAGGACGAGAUUUCGAAAGCAAGUGUAAAUCAAGAGUCUCAUUCUCCCCUGAGACCACACAUCGCUGUCCAUUGCCAUUAUGGAUACAACCGGACAGGGUUUUUCAUUGUCUCAUAUCUGAUUGAACGACUGGGGUAUACCAUCCCGGAGGCGCUGGCGGAGUUCGAACGGCAACGCCCACCUGGUAUACGUCAUGAACACUUCAUCGACACCUUGCAUGUGCGCUACACCGUCAGGCAGCCAAGAUGA